UCCGUCACAUGUUUACACGGCGCCGCUAUUGUUAUUAUUUAACACUUUUGUAAAUAAAUUAUAAUUAUUCUAAUAACUAUAAAUUAUAAAUGAAUUACGCGCCCCGAGCACAAUGGAAGUUCCUGCAGUACCUCAUGCAAAUACGUCAGCUGCAGUUACUGAGGAGGCCGCCUUUCCUGGCGGUACCAUCGUUGCUGCCGGCAAAUGGACUUAACCUGGCUCUGGCGAAUGGGCGGCAACACAAAAGCUUUAGCGGAACAUCAACCAUUGGCAAGGAUGAUCUACUCUUGAGUCUGCAGAGGACAAAAACCGGAGACGAACUUCUGGAAUUGCUGAUGGCAAACAGUGGAAAAGAAGUAAUGGAAGGUUCUCAUUUGGUAGAGGGCAUCUCACUGCUCUGGCCGCACUACCAAGGCCUGGAUCAGCCAGGAAGGGAUGCACUCACGAAGCGCGUGCUAAAGGAAGUCCUACCCUACCUCAGUCCCCACCAUAUAGACCAGCUGGACAGUAACGACCUGAGCCGCUGCUACCUCUACCUCCGUAAAAUGCGCAUAGCAAACAGCGAGCCAGCCGUCGAGGCGGUUUUAGUACGAGCCCUUGGCCUAAUAGACGGCACAGUGGAUGGAAAAGAACUGAUUCCCCUGACCGCCCUUUCCCGCCUGUCGGUGGGCAUCAACUUGGAACGCGACUUCUUUACGCCCCUUGUGUGCCGGAACUUUGUGCCGCAGUUGGAGGAGCACAUCAACCAGUGCCGCAGUGAAGAAGAGGUGCGCCUCUUGUCCACCUGCCUAUUCCAACUGCACAUGCUCAUCGACGAGCAGCUUCUUCAAGACUUUAAGCAUCGAGUAACAAAGCUGCUGCACAGCGGGGUGCUCAGCAGUGAGACCCCGAGGGCGUUGCUCAAAGUGCUCCACAUGCUGAAUAUUCCGGUAUGGUCUCAGGAUCACACCCCUUUGAUAAGAGAGAUCAUGCUGGCCCUGAGGCCCUGCAUCCCCGAUUUGGAGUCUGGGGAUUUGAAGAGUUUGUGCCGAGCAUUUCUGCACCACCAAGAGCCUGCAAAUUUGACGCAGUCGCUCAAGGAGGCCAUAGAAAAGUUACUGCAGGAGGAAAGAUCGGCGGACGCUUUGUCUUGUGCCGUCCAUUUCGCUACUCCCCUUCAAAAGGACGAGUACUUGGACAUUUUUCGCGAGCUCAUCAACUGCGAAGAGUCCUGGCUCCUACCAAGUGCCAGCGGGCACUUUUUCAGAGUGUUGCGCGCCUUGAAGAUCUCCGACCUAAGAUUGUGCAACACCUACUGGUCGGGUGUCGUGCGAGAGCUUGACUCCUCCCCGGAAGAGCAAACCCACCUGCGCUUCUUGAGGCACUGUCAGCGCUACAUGAACUUCAACAACAAUCUGGGAGGAACCUACCGACACUUUACCGUCGAGCGCAAGCUGAGUCGCAUGUGCAUGAGCGCCAUCGAGGGGGACAUUGCGGGCAGGCUGCCAACAAAAUUUGCGCGCAUGGCGGCGUUUGUGCUGGCCUACGGACAGACACCUUUUGCGUGGAAGAAAUUCCCCAACGUCAUCCUAAGCAAGAUGCUAUCGAUGGCUCCGCAGCUGGACAUUCAGGAUUGUUUUCUUCUCAGCCGUGGAAUGCAAAUCGCCAGCGAACUAAGGUUUCGCCAGCAUCUUCCUCCACUGGCUGGCAUGCAGUUGUCCACCAUGGAUAGCAUCCUCAUUGGCUGUGCAGAGAGACACUUGGCUGGCACCGAUGACAAUCCGUUGAGUCCCAGUGAUCUCAGCAUGAUUGUGCGAACCCUGAGCCAUCGCAAAACUCUCAAGAACACUUUGGUAUACAACCAAGCUUUGGUGCUCUAUAAAUCUCUUCAUUGCAAGGACCUUAAUUCGCGAGUGGUUCGGGACAUGGCGUACAAUUUCAAUGCAUCGAACUUCUUUGUGCCCGAGCUGUUGGAGUCAAUGUUUGAUUACAUUUCCGAACAGCACGACCACGUCACCGGAGACACCGUUGAGAAGGUCUUAACUUGUUCAUAUAACCUGGGCUAUACGCCUGCCUCUCCCCAAGUCUUGCAUCGUGUGGCUGAAGUAUUACUUAGAGACUUUGACCAAAUGAGCGGACUAUCACUCGUCCAAGCCUGUCUGGCGUUGUGCUUUUAUAAAUCCAUACCGGAGAAGCUUAUCAAUAAAGUAUUCUGCGUGAAGUUUAUUCAGCGAAUUGAAGAUGAAAUUCAGGUCUGCUACUCCAAGGCCACCUAUCCGGAAAGGGUGCUGAACCUAGUCAUGCAGCUGAAUCGCACAGUCUGUCUGGAUCUGCCCGAGGCCAAUGUGCCGUGGUUUCAACAGAACUAUAUCGAAGCUCAGAUGAGCAAGAGGUCUUUCCGGUCCAGUACCUUCACUACCGAUGUCAAACAACUACUGCAAAACCUGCUUAAGAAUGAUAAUCACUUUCGCUGCAAUCACACAACGCCGUACGGCUACCACAUAGAUUUUGUAAUUCAUUUCGAUCGGGAUAGGAAGCCAAUUCCUGCGCCUCCUGCGGAGGUCACCAUGCUAGAUCGCAUAACGAAGGUGGCCAUUCUUCUGCUAAAGUUGGAUUCGUUCUGUGAGAACGAUUUGACUGCGUUGAGAGGGCCAGAGUCUAUGAAAAUGAAGCACUUGGAAAUGAUGGGCUACAAAGUGCUACAGAUAAACGAACAUGACUGGAACUCCAAGUACAUGGCGACACAAGGAGCCAAGGAAAAGUUCCUAAAAUGCUUGCUACAGAUUUCCCAGUAAUCGUUGUUGAUUAGUUAACCAUUUGUUAGGUUUACAUGUAGCUGUACAGCGCAGGACUUUGUUUUUAUAAGAUUUUAUGUUAUGUUAACAAUUAAUAGAUAAGCAAAAUGUGAAUACUGAGAGCAACACACCAUCA